AUGCUCUUCGAGGUGCUGCAGCAGAUCUUGGGCGAGUUCUUCGUGGACGUGCAGGAGCGCAAUGUGUCCUUCUACGCCGGGGACCUGUUCGAGUCCAGCCACUUCAAGCUCAGCGACGUCUUCCUCAAGACCGCACUUAUUAGUGCGCUGCAGCUGCCGUUCGAGUUGUCGGCCGGGUACAUUGGCAACGUCAAGAUCGAGGGCCUCGUGGGGGCCGUGGCGGGCUGGCCGCUGGAAGUCAGCGUCAGUGACGUUUGCCUCGUGCUGAGACCGCACAAAGUGCAGUGGGACAACGAGCUGCUCAUUCGCUACGCCAAAGAGCUCGUCGUCGCCCUGAUGCAGUGUCUUGGAACGCCGUCCGCCGCCAAGAAGGGGAACGGGUCGCUGUUUUCUCCUGCCAAGUGGGCCGCGAGUCGGAUUCAAGCGGUGGGGGCCGAGAUGAGCGUCCAGGUGGAACGCAUUCACAUUCGAGUGGAGAGUCCAAGGACCGACAGCGAUAAACUUGUGGCGUACGGUCUUAACAUACCGUUAAUCCGCUUUGCUCCAAGGGAGUUGGAGGAGCAGAUUCUGUACAGACGCCAGCAGCCUGGCGUGAACUACCCGAAAGCGGCUGACGGUGUCAUGUCCAAGCUGCUUACGAUCGAAAACGUGUCGUUUUACACGGAUCUCGAUGCCGAGGCGUUUUGGAAUUCACCCUCAGAAGUAGAUACGUCUUCUGAUGGGACGGAACAUCCAGCCGCGUCUGCCCUGCUCACAGCUCCCGAAGCAGAGACCCGGCACCGCCAAUGCACGCACGAAGAUGCACUAAAGCGCUUCAAAGAGUGUGUGCUGAAGCCAUUGGAUCGUGACGGACGGCGUGAAUUGGUAUUCGUGCGCGUUAUCUGGAUAAAGCUCGACUUUGUACCUCCUGAACAAAACGCCGCUGUGAGUGGUCGCCUCAUGAAGCCGGUGCUGGCGGCAGUCGACAUAGCGACUGAGGAGAUCGAGCUAAAUGUCGAUUUUGACCAGAUCGCUGUCAUACUGGAAGAGCUGGAGCACGUGGUGGACUACUUCAAACGUUUCCGGACGUGGAAAUGGCGUCCUUCGUGCAUCGACCGGGAGCAUCACGCACCUCCUAGCGUCAACAUCGUGUCCACUGCUCUUUUUCCUGUAUCACCAGAUAGCGAUUUUACUGUGGAGAAACAGCGGAAGUCUAGGCAUUGGUUUCGAGCAAUGUGGAGGUAUGCUUUCCGGUGUAUCCUGGACCAGCAACAACGAUCCAGAAAGAACUCAUCAGAGGAGAGGGACCCUACACAGUUCGUUGACCCAAGGUACUGGUGGCGCUAUAACGAAUUCGACGACAAGGAGCUCCAAGAAAUACGUCGGAAACGCUACAUUCACUUGUACGCGCGGAGUUUGAGUCCCGCUGCAAUGGAAAUUGCGUUGUACGGGCGUGGAAAAGCGCUUUUGGCCUUAGGAUUUCAGCAAGAUCAACAGACUGGUGACAUUACCAAAACACGUAAAGGCUCUUCUCCUCCAUCUCCGCGACGUCGCCCCUUACCGGAGUUUGAACCACUGACCCAAGAAGAACAGUGGGAAUUAUCCGACUUCGUUGCUACGAUGACCGUGUACGAGCAACGCGUGUGUCGAGCAUUGGCUGAAUAUGAGCUCCGCGCAGAUUUCACGGCGGCUCCUCCUUCACCCACGCGAAAGAUUUCGUCAGCGAUGGAGUUCUCGAUCGCCCCCGCAGAUUCAAGCUCGGACCACUCAUCACGUCACAGUCGAAGUGUUUCGGUCAACGCAGUGUCAUCUCCACCGGAGUCACAGUCUUCAAAAUUUAGCGCUGCUGCUGAACGAAGGCGUUUCACACGAGGCUUAACUAUUGACCCUGCUGAGCUAUCCGUUCGACCAGCUUCUCCACCUUUGUCGCGUCCUCAUGCUGCUUCGACGAGUGAUCUACCGAGCCCCACCAAGCAUGAAAAUGCGUUAGAUUUGGAGCCGCUUCGAGCGUGGAUCUACAAGCAGCGGAAGCUAGGUCUCUACACGACAUCUUGGUUUGAGAAGCAAUUCUUCCCGGCCUGGAUUCUCAAUCCGUCCAAGGUCAUUCCGCUACUCAAUUGGCAGUUGGGGCCCGUGACUUUGCGUCUGUCCGAGGGGAACUCUGAUCAAACGCUCAAGGUAAAGCGUGGCAUUGGAAUUGAACUCGGUAUCGAGAGCUGUUCUGGUGCAGUGCUGCUCACUCGAACGCCGUUCUUGCGGAUACUUCUGGAGGCUCGCGUGGGGUUGUUUCAUGUCACUCUGGUUCGUCAGCAGCAUCUCCAUAGCAAGACUGACAGUGCUAACUUGGAAAAUGGUAUCUCGGAGUACAAGUGGAUCUCAAGUGACCACAUCCGCUUACCUGAAGACGGGUUCUUCUACGUCGGUCUGAAGUAUUCCGCUCAAGAGGUAGCGGCGAGACCAACGGGAAGGGUCCAGUUCGUGGGGAAUCUGGAAGAAGAACUGGGACUGAAGGGAAGGGUGUGCAUCGGACCGAUCAAGAUCGACUGUAAUGAAGCUGCAAUGCGUUUAGCUAUGGGUCAGAGUGUCGCCGAUGAACUACGGGCACCAAAUAUGGAUGUAUCGACUUCAACUCAUUUUUCUGUCCUGCAAGAUGCUUACCACAGCUUCGUCAGCCUGGUUGCUCACCUGCCCAAAAGAAAAGGAUCUCGAAAGGGUUACGCUAAGGACUCCAGUCCCCGUGCCACGAAGAGACCCAGUUUCAGUACAGCAAACGGAGAUCCACAAGGCAAUGGUUCAAGGGACGACCCGCAAAAGCUUGAGAAAAGUGCUAAACGGACUCGGAUGCUCCACGCGUUGCUACUCCGAUCGUCGAUGUUUGAAGUAGAGGUUGGAACUCUGGAGCUGAAUCUGUCGGCGUACACCAGUCACAUCGAAAAAACGCUUCGAAGUCAAGUGCCAAAGAGUGUCGUGUCGCCCAAACCGUCCGAAACCCGAGAAGAUGUAAACGUGAUGCUACCCACGACAACAUAUCGACUGCAGAACCGGCCAUCAAUGAAUGAAUGCAUCGUGGAUGUUGCUGGUGCUCGCGUCGUGUAUCGAUCCACCAAGCAAGGCCGCGCAGCAGUUAUUCGCCACCUAGCCCAGCUCUUCAAGCUGUAA